AUGACUGAACAAUCUAAUCCUAACACUGAAUUUGACAACGUGGUGUAUGAUAACCUUCAGGAGCUUGUAGUUUCAAUUCCACUUGUCUGCCUUCCAGUCUUCUCGGUUUUUGCUUAUGUUCACGAUCUGAUCUGUACACUAUUCGAGGAAGAUAAAGAGUACUCCGAUGUAUUAGGAGAAUUAUACGACAAAUAA